AUGGAUAAAAGUUGGAUACUUCUUAGGAACAGAGCAUUACCAGAAUACUUGAAUGGCGUGGAACAAUUUUUAAACUUUGCAUUUUCAAAUCCUAAUGUUGGUAUAAGAAUUCAAUGUCCGUGCACUAACUGUAACCAUGUGCGUAGGAAAACACGAGAAGAAGUCAAAAUAGAUAUACUUAGGUGGGGUAUAGAUCCAACAUAUAAUAGGUGGAUUCAUCAUGGUGAGUCGGAUUCAUCUUCAGAUGAUGAAAUAAAUUCUAGUGCAAAUUCAGAUUUAGAAAAUGAUGAUGCUACCACUUUCGAGAUGUUGCAUGACAUGUAUCACGGUGUUCCUACAGAUAAUAUAACUCAUGAUCAGUCUGAUGAGUCGGCUGAGUCUAGAUAUGAAGAACCUAAUGCAGAAGCUAAGAGUUUUUAUCGGUUGUUAAAAGAUGCAGAGCAGAAGUUAUAUCCAGAUUGUGAAAAGUUCUCGAAGCUCUCUUUUGUAAUGCGUCUUUUUCAAAUGAAGUGCUUGCAUAGUUGGAGUAAUACUUCAUUAGACUCUUUGUUAAAACUAUUAAGUGAUGUUUUUCCCAAAGGACAUGUGCUCCCUAAUUCUAUUUACGAAGUUCAAAAGAUUAUUAAAGAUUUGGGUCUAGAUUAUGUGAAAAUAGAUGCUUGUAUUAAUAAUUGCAUCUUAUAUAGAAAGGAAUAUGCGGAUCUUGAGCAAUGUCCUAAAUGUGGUGAGAAAAGAUGGAUAGUACGGAAAGGAGAAAAUGAUGACAAUGAGGUUGCUUCAAGUAAAUUGAAUAAGAGAAAGAAAGGAAUUCCUAGAAAAAUUCUUAGAUACUUUCCUUUGAUCCCAAGAUUACAACGGUUGUUUAUGACUAAAAGAACCGCAGAAAAUAUGAGGUGGCAUAAAAAUAAGCGAGUUGAUGAUGGAGUAUUAAGGCAUCCAGCUGACUCACUGACAUGGAAAACUUUUGAUGAGAAACAUUUGAAUUUUGCAUCAGAUCCACGUAAUGUAAGACUUGGACUUGCUUCAGAUGGUUUUAAUCCUUUUGGUUCCAUGAGUAAUGCCUAUAGUAUGUGGCCAGUAUUCUUGAUUCCGUAUAAUCUUCCCCCAUGGAAAUGCAUGAAACAAUCUAAUAUUUUGUUAUCCUUACUUAUUCCUGGCCCAAAAAGCCCUGGUAUGGAUAUAGAUGUGUAUCUCCAACCUUUGGUUGAUGAUUUGAAAAAAUUAUGGGAGGACGGAAUUGAGACUUAUGAUGCUUUUAAGCAACAAAAUUUUCAAUUGCGUGCUUCUUUGUUGUGGACAAUUAAUGACUUUCCAGCAUAUGCCAUGUUGUCCGGUUGGAGCACAAAAGGUAAAUUUGCUUGUCCAGUUUGUCAUAUAAAUACUUGCUCCAUUUACUUGAAAUAUGGUCGAAAGCAUUGCUAUAUGGGUCAUCGUAGGUUCUUGGAAAUAAAUCAUCCUUAUCGUCGGACCAAAAGUUCUUUUGAUAACACAAGGGAAGAAAGACCUGUACCACAAGCAUUGAGUGGAGAUGAUGUGCUUGCACAACUAAAUACAUCCUUACAAGGAUCCACGGGUGACAACACAAGAAAAAGAAAACGAGAUGCCGAAAGACGUGACAACUGGAAGAAGAAAAGUAUAUUCUUUGAACUCCCAUAUUGGAGGACUGUAUUAUUGAGACAUAAUUUGGAUGUAAUGCAUAUAGAAAAAAAUAUUAGUGAAAGUGUGAUAGGAACAUUGUUAGAUAUUGACGGAAAAACAAAGGACACAUUGAAAUCUCGAUUGGACAUACAAGAGAUGAGAAUCAAAAAGCCUCUUCAUCCAAUAAAAUGUGGGGAUAAGUACAUACUUCCUCCUGCUAGUUAUACAAUGUCCAAAACUGAGAAGAUUAAAUUCUGUCAACUCAUCAAAGAUGUCAAGUUUCCGGAUGCUUAUGCUUCUAACAUUAGUCGUUGUGUCAAUGUUAAGGAAGCUAGACUUUUUGGACUUAAAAGUCACGAUCACCAUGUUAUUUUCCAGCGUAUCUUUCCACUUAUCAUCAAAGGGAUUUUGCCAAAGGAUGCAUAUGAUCCGUUAAUUGAAUUGUCAUUAUUCUUUAGUGAUUUGUGCGCUAAAGAGUUACAUAUGGAUAAGUUAGAUAAAAUAGAUAAAAGUAUACGAGUGACAAUUUGCAAACUAGAACGUAUAUUCCUACCAUCGUUCUUUGAUGUUAUGGUUCAUUUGGCAAUCCAUUUAGCAAAGGAGGCAAAGGAGGGUGGUCCUGUUCAAUUUCGAUGGAUGUAUUUCAUCGAGAGAAUGUUGCGCACAUUAAAAGGUUAUGUAAACAACAUGGCUCGCCCAGAAGGGUCAAUUGCUGAGGGCUAUCUUGCAGAGGAAUGCAUGGCAUUCUGUUCCAAAUAUUUGACUGAUAUGGAGACAAAGGAAAAUCGCCCGGAUAGGAAUUCUAAUUCUUCCAACAUGGAUCCUAAUGGCUUAUCUGUAUUCAACUGUCGUGGUAAGCCAUUUGGAGGGGGUGAUUGGACAAAAUUGAAUGAUCUUGAAAUCAAGCAAGCACAUUUUUACAUCCUUCAAAAUUGUGCAGAAAUUGGCCCUUUUAUCGAGGAACAUUUAGAAAUAUUAACAAAGGAGAAUAGUAGAAAUGUUGCCAAGAGGCACAAGGAGGAAUUUCCUUUAUGGUUUCAGAAAAAGGUGAUACAAUUAAAAGAUAACGGUGACAGUCGAAUUACUGAUCAAUUGCUAGCUUUGGCAAGAGGUCCAGAUUUACGAGUUGAAUGCCAUAAUGGAUAUGUCUUGAAUGGUUUUAGGUUUCGAACAAUGGCAUCUGAGAAAUUUUUAAAAACUCAAAAUAGUGGUGUAGUUGUAAAGAGUGAUGAAUAUACAGAAAAUGCUGAUUAUUAUGGAAAGAUAAGAAGAAUACUAGAAAUCCAAUAUCUGGAUAAAAAUUCAGUGACAUUAUUCCAAUGUGACUGGUUUGAAGUUCCGCCUCAGGGUCGAAGUCAAAGUAGAGGUUACCAAAGGGAUGAAUAUGGAUUCAUAUGUGUGGAUGUGACACGACUUCAUUACAUAAAUGAUCCAUUUAUUCUAGGAUCACAAGCUCAAUCUGUGUAUUAUGUAAAACAUGAUCAAAAUGAGAAUUGGAAUGCAGUGGUAAGGGUAAGACUACGAAACUUGUAUGAUCUACCCGAACAAGAUGAUGAAACAGAACCCUAUCAAUUAACUGACCUGGUUGAAAGGGAAGAGCAAAAUCUUCAAGUAGAAUCAGACACUGAUAUGAUUAGAAUACAGAGAGAAGAUAUUGAUGGAUUGAGCGUUGAAGCACCUUCUCUCAAUAAUGAGGAAGAAAUAGACUUAGAAGUUGUAGAUGAAUCGGAUCAUGAAGAUAGGGAUGACUCAACAGAUGAAGAAUAUUUUUCUGAGGAUGAACAUGAUGAAAAAGAGGAUGAUGAUUGGCUAUGA